AUGGAACUGAUACUUUGUUCCUUUUUAUGGUGUUUCUUAGCAAUACUUGUCGAUGCGACACCGGGGGAAACACGAAUGGACGAGGACAAAAAUUAUUGGCAAUAUCAAGACAUUCAAAAGGCUCUGAAUAACCCCGAUCGAGAAUCUUGGUUGUACUAUCGAACAUAUACAAGGGAGAACACUUGUGUGUAUGCGAAAGUGAGCGAAAAUAAACCGGCUGAAAACGUUUACGAAUUUGUCCAGGAAUAUAGAAUGGGAAACCAAAACACAAGCACGAAACGAACGGUGACAUUGUAUGCAGCUCCUUAUAAAACAGAUAUGCAUGUUGACGAACGAGAAAAUGACAACGCAAUGCUCGUGAGCAAGAUAAAAGAUGCCCAAACUGGAAAAAGAUACCAGUUGAUUUACUCUGACUAUACCCAAUGUGAUAUUCUAAGAGUUCUCGACGAAAGCAACGGGCACGCCUGUGAGCUCUAUCUUCACAGCAACGCUGUUGAUGGUGGUGUACCUCAAAAAUGUGAGAGGGUAUAUGGUAAUGCAUGCGGGAAAGAUGACUCAUACUACACGCAGCAAGUAUACUACCAAUGGUGCAAGGAGAACAUGGAAGGCCAAAUAUAAACAACUUCAGCAGAGGCCACCCAACAAGAACAGACGGAAGAAGUUAUAACCACAACAACGUUGCCUCCUAAAUGCUGACACUUUUUUUCUUUUAUGAAUAUUUAUGGGAGUUAAAAUAAAGUACCUACACAUACGCUCAUAAA